AAGGUUUUGAGUGGGUUGGGUUUUCCUUUCUUUCGAAAGCUGUUGGCGAAUUUCGACGUAUUUUUGAUACCUAUUAUAAAACGAAUAAUUUCGUAAUUAUUUAAUAUCAUUCUUUAUUGUAUUCAAUUAUAGUAAAAAUGGGUUUCCAGAAUAUUUGGUAUUCGCAUCCAGGAAAAUACGGCCAAGGAUCUCGAUCUUGUCGAGCUUGCGGCAACAAACACGGUAUUAUCAGAAAGUAUGGAUUGGACCUCUGCCGACAGUGUUUCAGAGAGUAUUCUAGCGAUAUCGGCUUCAAGAAGGACAGGAGCGAAAUACACGAUUUAGGGUUACGCGAAUCAGCGACAGACGACCUGGCCGAUUCGAAUGCGAUACCGGUUACGCCAAGUAAUACUUCCAAUACCACACAUGUAGAUAGAGAACGCGACAAAUUCGAAAUGGAACGCGACGAAUUGGAAAAGGAACGUAAAAAAUUCGAAAUGGAACGCGACGCAUUGUAUUUGGACAGAGACAUGUUCCGCACCUGCCUUAGGCCUAAUUCGGGUCAUGAAUGUAAAGUUACGAUUCGAGAAGUCGUAGGCUUUUACGUCCAUUAUUUUAUUGACAACGAUCCCAGUACAGAUAAACUGACCAAAUGUAAUGCAUGGGACAAUUGUACAUGGUAUGUCCAGGAGCGAGAGAAAUUUUCUCAAAAUCCCAGGCGGUACGUCGAUGACGUAUUGCGUACUCUAAACGUGCGUUUUGAUGACCAACAGCAUAAAUUCGUUGUUAUUAACCAUGUUACUGGUUCACCUCCUCCUAACGUUCCCUCCAUAAAAGACCUACCCCGAGCAUUAAAAUUAUUUUGGUUCCUGAACACAAUAAGAAAUCAGCCACUGGAUGAAGACCGAGAUCAUCCAAGUUUCCUCGGAUGGAAAGACAUGCUGUUGUAUUUUGAAUUUACACAACACAUUGACUCGCUUGGAUUCGCACAACUUCUAACCAUCGCAACAAAACGACGAUUGAAUACAGAAGCGCAUAGCAAGCACGUUGGUAAGAUGGGAAAUAAAGAUUUGGCUCAACAAAUGCGUUUGUUUACUGUGUGUGUUCGCUGCCUCGUUGAAGAAGUGCAGUUUGUCACCCCUAAAUUCGAACAAGCUCAAUCGGGAACAGAGCCAGUAUUCCGGACUUUCACAACGACUAGUCCAGCAUUCACAACACCCAGGUUGGUGCCCCUCGUGUCUAAAAUGAAGGGGCAAUAUGCACAUUUGUUCACAUAUAUAGAGAAACACGGUGCAUUACCUAGUGCUAUAAUUUAGAUUUAAGUAAUCACAGAUCGAGGCAGUUUAGCUUUAUUUUCAUGUCAUUUCUAUUAAGUAUUUUUUGAUAUCAUAUAUUUUCCUAAAAUUAUAAUUCAAGGUAACUACAGUGGUAUGAAAAUUAUUAGACUAGUGCAAUUUUUUGCUGCUACAUAAACAGAUUUUUGGGUAAAUACGUACUAUUUAAUGAAAUAAACUGAUUUUGAAUUUUUUAUACCAUAUAAUUGACCACAAGAAACACUUUUUUUUUGGUUUAGAAGCAUUCAUUUACUUUAGGUAUAAAAAAAUUUUUCCGAGUUGUAAAAUGAAAUUUCACCAAUUAGGAAAAAAUCAGUUUUUCAGUAAUAAAUAAUUAUAAUUAUAAAUUUCUAAAUCUGGAAGUAAUUAAACAUGGAUUCGAUUAAAUGGACAUCUAUGGACCUUUGCCGAUGCUGAUUGGCCAUUGGUUUUCAAAAUGAAGCUGUAGUUAUUAUUAAAAUGCGCCAUCAUUCAUACCUUACUAUGUAGAAUUUGGAGUUACAGAAAAGUAAAAAAAAACAUGUUUUUCUAUUGCUGAUUUCCCAAUUUCAACCAAAAUUCAAUUAAUGGGAUACCAAAAUGACCGGAAUUUAGUUACGGAUGCUAGUUUCCUGCUGCUCAUGUUAGGUGGGUGCUACUAAUGCUAGCAUUCAGCUAGUAAAAUUGUCAAUAGGGAUACUGGUAAAGAAAUUCCCAUUUCCAAUUUUUUACAGACACAAAGCGGAAGGGUUUUUUGCUAUUAAUGUGUAAAACAUUACUUAAAGAGAAUUUAAUUUCCUAUGUUUUGGUACCAAAAAAAUUGAAUUUCGAUUUUUUUUUUUUUUGAAAUGAGAACAAUGUUUUUUUCCAGUGUAUCAGACGAGGUCACUGGUAGGUACCUACCUCAAAUUUUCAGUUUUUGUUUAAUUGAAUUUCAAAAAUGGUCAUCGUUUUUCUACAAGAUGUUAGUUUUGAAUCUUUGCUGAUAUUUUUUUUUAGUAGAAAUUUUCCAAGUAUCUACAUACCUAGUACCUACCUACAAGAGCUUAAAGGGUAUGAGUAUGAAUACAGCCGCAGAGCAUGAAGCAUAUAGGAUAAAUGCGUUUUUCCCCUUUUGAGGAGGGGGGGGAUCGAAAAUGAAGGAGUUUGGAAAAAUUGUUGUCUGAACAAUAGACAUAAACUAAAGAAAGUGGGAUUUCCUAUUGAUCAGUAAGUAUACAUUUUUUUUCAAUUUCAAAUGGUAAUUUUUAACAGACAGAUCUUUAUGCAUUUCAACUUUGAAAAUUGAAUAAAAAUUACAGGAAAUUUUCAGCUUCCACAUAGGUAUAAAUUUUUAGUAAAUCAUAAUGUGCAGAAUUCACUAAAAAUUUCGAGCAAUUUUAUUUUAAAGUUGGAUUGGAUUUUUAAAGCGUGUGAUCAACUUUUUACAACCUUGAGCUUCAAAAAGUUUAUAACAACAGCAUGUAAUUGUUGUGCUAGUGCUUUGAAUAAGAAAAUUGAAAAAUUGAAAAUUCAUUUUGAAGAGGAUAAAAUUCUGCAUAUUAUGGUUUAUGAUUUAUUAAAAUAUGUAAGUACUUAUGUGUUUUCUGAAAAUUUCACCUAAUUUCAAUUUAAAGUUGACAUGCAUAAAAAUCUGUCCAUAAAAAUGAAUAUUAAAAAUUAUCAUUUCUGUAUGAAAUUGAAAAAAAAUUAUACCCAUUGAUAGGAAAUUCCAUUUUCUUUAGUUCAUAUCCAACAAAAUUUCUCCCAAACCCAAACUGCUUAAUUUCGAUGAAAAAAUGUAUCCUAUGCUUCUACUGCUGUAUUUAUUCAUACCCUCGGCUUGGUUCAAAGUAGUAGGCCUACUGUGAGGAGCGGAUAUGCCCUGACCGCCUAAGCGUGGCUUAAUGUAAUUUCCCCUCAACGUAGUUUUAUGAUCUUGCCGGCCUUAGGCAAGAUUAUGCGAAUCUUACUGUAGGGGCGUGAUCAAGGCUAUCGUGCGACAAUUCUGUCGAAGCAGAGGUUCAGCUCCAGCUUCGUAUUCUCUAGAAAAAUCAGUCUUAAAAGUAACGAGUUCGCGAUAGUUCCUCUUAAGCUCACCUAACCAGCUAAAUAGAUGACCAGGGAGCCCUGCCUAGGCUCUCUGGAAAUCAAACAUUGAAGUACCCAUCUCUGGAUGGUGAUUUUUGAACUUAUAACGUAUUCGUCGUUAAUUUCCUGCGUACGGAUAUGGUACUAUUUUAUAUAACGCGAUCGUCGUUAAUUUCCCGCGUACGAUCGUGGUACUUUUUUAGUCACUGGUAUUGAUUUAUCCGGAAAUCAUACCUUUGUCUCUACAAAAAUGGAUCUCCGACCCAGACCUGCCGAAGCGACUAUUAUUGGGGUCGCCAGGGAGAGGCAGGCAAUGUGAACAUGCAAAACAGAAGUGUACUCAGAUCAACCUAGGUAAUCGUGUAUCCUUUUAUUCAGGGUUACGUGCGCCCUUAAUUUAUCUAAUUACGUUAUAAUUAUAUCUUACGUAAUUGUAUUAAUUGGUAGAUGACGAUGUGUUAAUCAUCUACCAAUUGAUCUAUUUGUACCUAAGAAGCUGUUGUAAUUCGCCUAUAUGUGUACUUUAAUGUAUCCCCUAAACCAAUCUUCCGAGCCUAGCUUGCUAGCUCGCGUGCGUUGUACUUUGCCGCUUAAUCUUGGCCGGUUAGGCAUGCCAUUGUAUCGUCAUGGCAAAACAGAAUAAUUUACGUUUAGACCCUUUGUAAAUUAUUUGGUAUAAUCUGCUCAUUUUUGUAUAUAUUUCUUGAUUAAAAUAAUUGUACAUAAAUGCUCUUUUCGUUAUCAUUUCAUUGAACCCUAAAAGGUAACGAAAGGAUUGUUCUUAAGUGAAUAGUGUAGUUUGAUUGACUAAAGUCUCUCCAUCUUGAGCUAAGCAGGCGUCUAAGAAAGAUUUUCUCUCUUAACGAAUAUUUCUUAGAAUGCCUAACACAAAAUUAUAGGAAUUUCUCUCAUACUCGAUAAAUAUCACAAUCACUACCUAACCUAGUCUUUCUCACUCAUACUAUUACACUACCUAUGUAGGUACAUACAAUUUUACGUGAACUAUACCUAAUACUAUCUAGAGACAUAGAGUGGGCUAUAAAAAACUUAAAAAACAACAAAUCUCCAGGCCCAGACAAAAUUACUAAUGAAUGCUUUAAAAUAGGAGAGGAAAUAGUUACAAACGUGUUGACCAAAUUCUUUAAUAAAAUCUUGAAAGAACAAAGGAUACCCAAAGAUUGGAAAUAUUCAGAUAUCAUUUCAAUCUUUAAAAAGGGAGAAAGGGACAAAAUUAAUAAUUACAGACCUAUUUCUUUAAGUUCAAAUAUUUCUAAAAUCUUUUCAAAAAUUUUAGAGAGGAGACUUAGACAUUUUUUAUAUCAACCUAGAGAACAGGCUGGUUUUAGCUCGGGGUUUUCCACAAUUGAUCAUCUUCAGGUCCUAAAUCAAUUAGUAGAAAAAUGUAACGAGUACCAAAUAGAACUCCACCUAGCCUUCAUAGAUUUCACUAAAGCCUUUGACUUACUAAAUCAUAAAUUUCUGCUGUUGGCCUUGGAGAGACAGGGGGUCCCUCCCUUCUUUGUUGGGAUCAUAAGAGAACUAUAUACAAAUUUGAAAGAACGAAUAAUUACAGAUUUACCUGGGGAACUUUUUGAUAUUCAGCGGGGAGUAAGGCAGGGGGAUCCCUUGUCACCCUUGAUGUUCAACAGCAGUCUGGAGGAGGUGUUCAGAGAUAUGGGAUGGGAGAAAAGGGGUCUAAAAAUCAAUGGGGAUUACUUAAGCAACCUGAGAUUCGCAGAUGAUGUAACACUGGUAGCAGGGACAAAACAGGAGCUGGAAAAAAUGAUAGAAGAACUGAAUGAAAAGGGGAAAAACGCAGGUUUAGCAAUGAACUUAUCAAAAACAAAGUUGCUUAACAAUGUGGAUGAAAGAUACGACAUAAUCAUUGAAGGAGAAAAAAUUGAAAGUGUAGAAAGUGUAAUCUAUCUCGGACAAAAGAUUUCAUGCAAAAACAACCAAAUAGAAGAAAUUGAAAGAAGAAUGUUACCAUUAAGGCAUAUCCGUCUAACAGUAUAGUGAGUUUUGACGAACUACAAUCCUUCUGAGCUAUCUAGGUAAGUAUUUGCAAAUAUUCCCCGCCUAAGGAAUAUUUCUAAUCUUCACCCCCUUGGUAUUAGUGAUCAACUAUAUCAUUAUUAGUAGUAAGGCUUAAUUGCACUAUAACAGUACCUAUUCAUUUCCGCAUUCAUUUUUUUCAUCGCGUUUUUUUAAUAUUAAAAAAAUCAUUUGUAACCCCUUCAAUUUGCAAGUUAGGCUAGAAGUCGUAAUUUUGUUCGUUUUUCAAAGUAUGUAUUACUACCGACCGGACCGACCCCCAUGGUCAGAAUUGCAUUUUGACUCUUGGAUUAGGUUGGAAAUGAAUUUGGUCAUUCUUAAGGGAAAGUUCAACAUUACUGUACCGAUUGAAAAUAGUGAAUGAUAAUAAUGAUAAUGAUAGCAUACAAUUGGUUGUUGUACUGAGGUGAUAAAAUUCCCCCAAUUAUAUGGAUCUUACUUUUACAUUGCCAAUUUAUAUGUAGGUACUUAUUUUUAAUAAAUGGUAAGUAGGUACCUUUACCUACUAAUUGAAAAGUUGAAGAAGGGAAUUUCAUUGCCU